AUGCGUAGUGGCGGCUGCGCGGUGCAGCAGGAGCUGGCGGGGGACGCGGUGGCCGUGAUGCGGCAAGCGGUGAGCCCGGCGCUGCGCUGGGGACACGCGCAGGUUACGCCGCUGGCGACGGGGUCCACUCCGCGCAGCCUGCCUCCGGUCGUGGGCGGGCUCCCACCCGCUCCAGUGCAAGGCGUUGGAGCUCUGCUUCAACGUCGCGCUCAACCGCCUCGCGAUGGCGGGGGCCUGGCCCCGCCGGCCAUGUUGCAGUUCCACGCUCACCACGCGGGGCACCGCUCGCCGGCGCUGUCCAACGCGCUCGCCGCCGCGUUCAAGCGCGCGCUGGCGAACCAGCGCCGGGGCGGUUCGGCCUCUGCCACGGAGGGCCAGCGGCACAUCGCUGCCAAGGUCGAGCUUGAGCAACUCGUUAUCUCCAUCGUCGACGAGCCCAGCGUCGGCCACGUCAUGCGCGAAGCCGGCUUCUCGAGCGCGAAGGUAAUGGCCAACGUUGAGAAGGCCAUCUUGUCGUCGGAGCAGUCGUCAAACAUGGCAAGUAGUAGCACCACUUCCCCGAAUACUAGGGCCCAUACAAAUAACGCCAAGGAGUCCAAAGCCAGCGCCGUGCGCGUGCUCGACUGCAUGGCCGUGGCGAGUGGGACGAACCGGUGCGUGGUGGUCCUCGGCGAGAGCGCCGCCGCCGCAAAGUGGGUGAUCAAGGCGAAUAGUCAAAGGCUAGAUCUAAGAUCCUACAGUUACAACAAGGGGGAACUGCGGCGCCAGCACGAGCACCUCAAGAAUGCCCAGUUCGUGCCUUUCUCGGCUGCAUCCUUCCAGCACAUGCCGAGGGAGGAGGUUGAGGCCUGGGCCGGCGAUCUAUCUUGUGGUCUGCUUCCUCAAGAGGCAGAGGUCACCAGACAACAAGCACGCGGCGGUGCAUGCGAGAUGUUCUACGAGGCGAUCCACGAGAACCCUCACUGUGUCGUGCUGGUCGAUGGCGUCAAGCACAACUCGGAACUAGAAGCCAGCAUCAUGAAUGCCAUGGCAAGCGGAACUGUGAGGGGUGGCGAUGGUGGUGUGGUCAGCUUGGAGGACUCCAUCGUAUUGUGCUGUGAGGUGUUGGAGUCGAGGUCGCCUAAGGUUUCCUCGCAUUGGCAUGCGAAAAAAAGGAUUAUGAGUGAGGUCGACAGCAAGGUGGAAGACGAUGGCGCAGAGAAAGGAGUAGUUGUGCCACGUUUGAGCUUGGAUUUGAAUGUCUACGCCAUUGACUGUCUGCGCCAUUGA